UGCUUUUUCACUGGUGACCCCCACGGCUCCCAUGGUGACUUAAGAAGAAACGCAUCUUUUCUCAGCAGGAGAAUGCCAAAGUACCAGUUUUGAUGAGGUAUUGGUCCAUACAAAAUGAAGUGCCAGAACUACUUCUGCAAGCUCCUUUUGUGAAUUUCUGCAGAAUUAUGGCUGUACCAACGCAAGCUGAUGGUCUUGAAGUAUAUGUCUCGUGAUGUAGAGGAACACUGAAGGCAACUUUCAAACUCGGGGCGUUUUGACGUGAAGCGCACUGCAAAGUCGCGAGCUGAAAAUGUUUUGACAGCUUUGAGAGGGGAGACUUUGAUUAUACCUGUUGCUGGAUGCAUACAGAGCUGGUGUCUUGCCAAAACGUUUGGGCUCAGUGAAAGUUGAUGGGAAGGAUGAGAGAGAUGUCAGAUCAAAACCCUCCGAAUAUUUCCAUUGAAAUCAAGAAGCCUGGCUCAGUACGUGCCUUAUUUACUCACUUCACAGAGUUCCUGGAUGAGUUUUCACCAGAUGUCCUAGGCCAGCUCUUGAAUGAUCCUUUCUUAUCUGAGAAGAAUGAAAUAAUGGAAGUGGAAUUGUCUCCAGCUUCCCCAGCGCCUCUCAUCCAGGCAGAGCACAGCUACUCCUUGUGUGGGGACUCUCGGCCCCAAUCUCCCCUGACCCACAUCUCGACCGAUGACAACUUCAAUGAAGGUGAUCUGGAAAAUGAGGAAUGGUGUUUGGGUACCGAGCUGACUCCAGCUGCAAUAAAGACUGAGCCAGCGUUAUGCGAGACAGCAGGCCUUACUCCCUCUGUCAGUCUCACUAUCACGGCCACACUGCUGGAGGGGGAACAACCUGAGCUACAGACUGAUGCCAUGAUGAAACCACUGAGCCAGAAAGUUCUUCCAGAGAUUAAAUUGGAGCCACAUGAAGUGGAUCAGUUCCUGAACCUGUCUUCUAAGGAAGCAGUGGAUCCCCUGCACUUGCCUCCAACCCCUCCCAGCAGCCAUGGCAGUGACUCUGAGGGUGGGCAGAGCCCAGCUAGGUCUCUCCCUCCUUCAAGCCCAAUCCAGCUACAAGCUACGGCUAAAGUGACAUCACGUACAGCUUCAGCGCUCUCUAAUUCCCCUCUCCUGACUGCACCACAUAAAUUACAGGGGACCGGCCCACUCAUCUUGACAGAGGAGGAGAAGAGGACGCUGAUAGCAGAGGGGUACCCAAUCCCUACUAAACUGCCCCUGACAAAAGCAGAGGAAAAAGUGCUGAAGAAAAUCCGCAGGAAAAUAAAGAACAAGAUCUCUGCUCAGGAAAGUAGAAGAAAAAAGAAAGAAUACAUGGACAGCCUGGAAAAAAAAGUUGAGACUUGUUCAAAUGAAAAUAGUGAGCUGCGUAAGAAGGUUGAAGUCCUGGAGAAUACUAACAGAACGCUUCUGCAGCAGUUGCAGAGGCUCCAAGCCAUGGUUGCUGGGAAAGUGUCCCGUUCGUGUAAGGCAGCUAGCACACAGACAGGGACCUGUCUUAUGAUGGUGGUGCUGUGCUUUGCAGUUGUUUUUGGCAGCUUCUCUCAGAGCUAUGGGCCCUAUCCGUCUGCCACAAAGAUGGUGUUGCCCAGGCAGCAUUCCUCAUCAGAGUCGUACACUGACUCCAUUGUGAGGUCAAGGAGUCUGCUAAUAUAUGAAGAGCCUCACCAACUGGAGGAGUCGUCAAGCCCAAUCUCCUUUGCAGAUCGCAACGAGAGACACACAGACACCUCCAAAUACAGAGCCCUGUCUCUGGAAGCCAUGCCAGGGGGACAGCAGGAUGAUAUCAUGCAGUUCACAAUAGCCAAUGAGACGAGGCUAGAGAAAUCAGUGCUGCUGGGCCUGCAGCAGCACAGGGUGAGCUCAGAACUAGAAGGAAAUGAAACACUGAAGAUAAUUGAAAUAGAUAGAAGAGUCAAUGCCACCUCUUAAAAACAAACAAAAAAGGCCUUUUUUCUUCACUUUCCCUUUUUCCCCCAUAUUUUCAACCGAAGGUGUCCCCCUCCCCAUCCCUUCCCCCCCCCCGACUUGUCAUCCUCAGUGAACCAAAGCACAAAAGAGAGGGAGUUCACCAACUUCUGCAUUGACUGGUGUGGCUGUGACUGCUGAUGGGAUCUCCUGUCCUUGUAACUCCCUUCCUCACUUAACACACAAUCCCUGUCUUUGCUUUUAUUCCUUUCCUGUCUGAUGCUGCAAGGACAGGAUUGAGUUAUGAUGGCAGAUGGUGCCAGCAGUGUACUGAUGAUUGAUCUGUGUAUGUGCACACAUCCUAAUCUGAACACAAAGACAUUCUGUAGAAGAGUGGGAUAUGUAAAAGCGAUGAGAGCAUGUGGGUGAUAGGUUACUUGGGAGAAGGAAAUCAAGAGAAAUAAGAGUUGUGGUGUGAUGCUGCUCACAAUCAGGCUACAGUUCCAUGUCUGCUGGUCUGUAACAACUGAACCUUUUUGAGGGGAGUGAGACGCAUGUUCAUGGUCUGCUUCUGAAGGCACAAGAAUGGACAUGCACUUUUGUGUCAACAGCACAGGCAGAAGAGGGUUGCGCAAUGAGUGUUGAGUUGUCCUCUCCUAGCUCCUUCUCUCUUCUCCCUUCAGCCCUUCAUCAUUUAGUGCGUUAGGUUUCUCUUUGGGCUGGAAGUAGUCCUGGUAGGUCUCCCUACUGCUUUGCCAUCCUUGUGGAAUUCAAGCAGAGAUCAGUCACUGUCUUGUCACACUUUGCCUGUGUGGGAGAAUUACACCCGUUUAACUAAACCUGUUUAGAAAGCAGGUUUUGUUAAAUUUAUGGAAUGUUUUGGGUGGAUGUCCUUUAGUCUGCUUAAGGCUAAUCUGUUUAGCUUAAAUCAAUUCCUUUCCAACAUAAACAAAAUCAAUGUAAGGCUUAAAACAGAAGUGCCUCAUGAGAAGACUGUAUGGAUUUAAUUUAUUGGCUUCAAGAUGCAUUGAUGGAAUUUCUCAUGUAGACAUGGCUUUAGAUUGUUCUGUUUUCCUUUCUUCACCACCCUCCUGUUACUGUUGUAAAUAGUAUUUAUUAGCUUUGCAAGAUUUUGUUCAAGCAGCUGCAAUGAAGAGAAUAGAGCUUCCCUAACCCUGCAAGUGGUCUGGGCAGACUCUGAAACCAGAUAUACAAAAAUCACUGACCACUACUCCCUCCCCCAAGCUUGAAUUCCCCAAAGUAAAGGUUAGAAAGUCAUGAGUCUCUUCUUUCUCUUGUCUCCUUUUCCAGAGACAACGGGAUCUUAGAUGAGCCACGUAGCCAAAAAGAUAGGGGUGUGUGUAGCCUCAGCUAGGCACAGUUCAGGCUUGUACAGCCUGGGUGUGGUAGAUUCUGAACAACUGCAUGGCAAGACAGUCCCUGACCUGAAAAGUUGAGUAUAUAGGCAGCAGACAAGACAGAAGAGGGAUGGGAUAGGCACAUAAGGAGGUGGAAUGACUGACCCAAGAUAGUGGAAAAACCAAGAGUGAUAUUUAAGUCUAAUCCUGGUCCAGUACUCUUCUUACUCUGUUACAUUUCCUUGAAAGCACCAUAUUAUCCCUUGUAGCUGCUGCCUUUGAGGGUUCUCCCUCUCUCAGUACCCUGGUUGUGCCUUUGCUCGAGCUGUACUUCUGCUCACAACUUGUCCUUGGAGUGGCACAGUCAAACCUGCCCAGGAUUUCCAGCAGGUUUUAUCUAAUUACUACAAGAAGGCACUCAGACUCCAUAGAGGAUGGGUUUAAUGUGAAAACCCUAAUUCAACAGAGUAAUGUCGCUACAUUGCAGUUUACCAGAAAAAUUCAAUUAAAAUUUUUUUUAAUUGCUCUUUUUUUUUUUCCUCUUUGCAUGAUAAGGGAAAAACUAAUCCAGCCUCACAAGUUAUUUUUUACAUGUACAGUAGAUAUUUCCUGCAGGUAUUCUAUUUUGUAAAGUACCGGGUUUGUAUUUUAUUAUAGGUACUGCCACACCAGCUCCCCUGUUGUUCUUCGUUCUCCUUUCUUAGACUUUCUUCCUUUGCUAUCCUCUUUGCUGCCUCUGGGUCUGACUCCAAACUCAGUGAAAUGAAUGGAAAGAAUCCAGUGGAUUAGAGUUGGCUUUGGAUCAGUCCCCACGCUGCCAUUUUAAGAAGGUGUCUCACAUCAGUGAGAGUGGAACAUGCGCCAGAUUCCAUGAGCUAACCAUGAGUUUUCGUAUGCAGGUGUGCUUUCGAAGUUAUGCCCUAUUUGCCUAUACAAGUGCCUUUUUAUUAUUUUGCCUUUGGUGGCGAUGACAGGAGAAACGGCACUGUAGUCCAUCUUUGAAGAGUUCCCCUCUUCUCAGAGUGGGUCAGUAUCCUCCCCAAAGCUCCGUCCUCUUUACAGUGAUUCUGUUGGAUACUCUGCAUUGUUCUUUUUUUUUUUUUUAAGCAAUGAUUUAAGGCUCCACAUUAAUAACGAACACCAGUGGGUAUGACUGAGGGUGAGACACAAGGGAUGGCGGCAUUGUUUAACCACACGAGGUCAGCAAAGCGAAAGGAGAAAGCUGGGACUGACCCUUUGACCGUAUGGCUGGCCAGUGUAAGUGGGCAUGGUCAUAAGGCAGAAAAUUUAAAGUGUGGGUUUUUUGUUUUUCAGAGCACCCAUAGUUUGCCACCUCUGAGUGAAAUUGUCAGUGCUUCAGACUUUGGCAAAACAGGUCCAAGUUCUCAGGCACAACUUUGCUCUUACUAAUCUUGCCGCUUGCACUUUGCAUAAAUGAAAGGCCAGUCUACUUGAGCUCAUAUUCAUUACCCAGUUUAAUGCGUAACUGGAUCAUGUCCCAUUGCAGAGAUACAGCUAACUUCACUGUACUCCUAGCAACAGACAAUAUCACAAAAUACAAAUCACCUCUCUCCCUGAAACCUACUGCAUUAAUCACCAUUGAAGCUUUGCCUUUUUUGUUUGCUUAUUUUGGAUAUAUCGGUUCAAAUCUGAUUGGGAAGAUCACAUUUUCUUCUGAAGCGUUUUACAUUGGUCACUGUCUGGGUCAGGCCACUGAAUUAAAUCAUUUGAACCUGUAUGGCAAUACUAAUAUUUGUGUUACUGUUUGAUAAUCUAGUUCUAUAAUCUUAAUUUCUCUCAUCCUUUAAAUUAUUUUUAGGUACUCUUUUGGGAUUGCUUGAUCUAGCAUGCACAUUGCUUUGGGGUCUAUUAUUAAAUAUUAUUUCUUCAUAAUAAGGGAUUGCCUUUGAAAAAGUAUACUUUACUUUGGUAUGUUUGUGAUGAUCUUUUUUUUUUUUUUUUAAUCAGAACUGUUUUCUCUUAGACUCUAGAAGCCAAAAUAGCUCUUGUGAUCACCCAUCCAUAGGCUUUUAUGUGAUGAGGACCUCACAAUCUCCGGAGUUAGUUAUGCCUGUGUUAGAUACCUAGCGUGAGGCACAGAAGAGGCAGGCUGCAUCUAGUUGCAAGACCUCAGCAAUCCAGCCACGGGCUGAGGGUGGAUGUUGAUGCGCUGCAGCCAACACAGGGCAGGAGCUCUAUGUGCUAUUAAGGGCAGAGAGGAGCAGUGAGAGGUAUUCAGGGAGGAUGCCGGUAUAAGUGCUUUUAAUUAGCUCAACUGUAUUACUUGAGGUCUUAGCCUUUUGCCAGUAUAUUUUUUCCAGUGGUCAGUAACCUGGUGCUGUAGUGUAAUGUUUAUGUAUGCAUAGAGUAGGCAAAGGCCUUCCAUGCUACUUAAUUGCCACUUCUACUAGAGCACUUAAGUGAUCCUCAGUGUCUUUAGCUGCACCCUUAUGCUGGUCCUCAGCAUGGCUUUUUACCCACUAGUAAACUUGGCUUUUGGCCCAUAGCACUAAAACGUGUCUAGAUCUGUCAGCUCUUUGCUUCUAGGGAGAUAAGCUAUGAAGGAAUGUAGGGCAUUAUUUUGUUUUUUAUAUAUAUAUAUAUAUUUAAAAGAAUCAAGCACAGGGCACGUGACAAUUCUAACCUUGUUACCAGUGCAUAGAUAAUGUAUUUUUGCUAGGCUAUUUAUAGUUCUUUGCUGCACUUCUCUUAUUUCAUCUGUACCAUUCAAUAUUUUUCAGCAGCAUGGACUAAUAGUGGAUUAAGCUGAGAUUCCUAGGCCAGAUCCCAGCUGAUAUAAUGCAGCAGCUUCUCACUUACAGCUCUCACAGUCUGUGGGUCUGAUCUAUACUGGCAGGGGACCUCUUCCAUAUCUCUCUAUAUAACGAUGUAUCACAGUACAAGCUUAUUCUUGAUUUCUGUAAUAUGGAGCUGAAAAUGAAUUAAGAGCUUUUCUAUCUUUUUUUUUUCCUGCUAAGAAAAGUCAAGAGCCCCCUGCCCCAAACUACCAGCAAUGGAUUCUGUCUAGACACAUUUAGAAUGUAGGUCAAGUAAAUGGCUGAUACUAAUUGCAACACUGGGAGGGAUCUCCACAGAGUAUUUGGGCUCUAGAUUCUAGCUAAUGCCAAGAGGCCAGUGUACAAAACCCACGCAGCUAAGAACAGAAGUAUACGGAGUAUUUUUAUACUCUUGGUGACUAAAAUAUUUCUUUCUCAAGUCACUAAUUAGAAAGGGAACAGUUUGUAUUUUGAAGGUGAAAUGGUAGGUCAGUACUUCAUAACUACAGAAGUUAUACCAGCCUAUAUAAGUAGUGUAGUGCUCUAGUGCUGCUUUGCACUAUAGUGUUAAGGACAAAUGCCUUUGGGGGUUGUAAAGAUGAACUGGCAAAUGCUUCUAUCUUAUUUACAAAUAAGAUAGAAGGAUUCACUCAGAAUGUUGUAGCUUUCUCAUGGCCAAUAAAAUGACAGUGGACAUACUAGGAUCGUACCCUCAGCAUCUCCUUGCUAGUCCUACAUUGCUUGGGUAUCAGCAGUGGUUGGAGACUCUAGGAUUGAGAGUGGAAUUUCCACUUGUUUUUCUGGUUUUCAUGUUAGACCUCCUCUGCUUUACUGAGGUAUACACCUGAAUUGACAGCUUUCUUCAAAAAGAGUGUGUCUUUCUGGAAACUCUCACUUGUGAUGUUGAAAUGGAGUUUGAAUAUUGCUUAAUCUGUUUUGUGGCCUAAAGCUCAACUCCAUACUUUUCCUCCAAGAGUUAGAACUGAAUAGGUGAGAACAAAACAUGGGAAUGCUGGGUGUAUAGACCCGCUUUACAGAAAAGAUGAAAGGAAUGGCAGAUGAAGGUACUCUUGACAUGAUAGAGAAACUUCUCAGUUCUUAAUUUCUUAAAUCAGGAAUGACGGUCUUUUUCCUUAAUUCUCCCCAUUUUUUUUUUGUUUUUUUCCCCCCUUGCUUUUUAACACUAUGCAGUCCUUUUUAUGUAAAACAAAUGUCUAUCUGACCUUUAUAUUAUACUCCAUUUUCCUUUCCAACACAAGUAAAAAAAAACCUACUAUCUUUAGCAGCCCAUAAGUAGGGGAGCAGGGGAGAGAGAGGGGAAAGCAGAGGCAGGUAGUCAAACUUUUUUUUUUAACAGAACUGUGUUCAUGUCUGACUUUGCCAUAUUUCAGUGGUAUUGAAGUAAUGGCAUCUUGCUUUUUUCAUUUGUACAGUUAGCAAGAACGAGCGUGAGUGUAUGCAUGUGUACAUGUGCAUGGUGAGCAAUUAAAAAAAGAUGCAUAGAUGAUGUGUUUUCUUAACGUAGUAAGUGUCACUAAAUAAAGGCAUCUACCUGGACACGCAGCACACAUUCCCCUUGAUGUGACAGAAAGUCCAGAUGUUUCCCUCUGAAACCUGUUCACAUUGCACACUGCCGAGCACUCGUAAAGCAGUCAUGUGAAUUCCUGUCUGAGGUCUAUCCUAUUAGCAGUUGUCGACUGAAAGUUGUCGUGCCAUGUCAUUUUGUGUGUAUGCAUAGACUGUCUGGCCUUUCUGUAAGACAGCUGUGUCUCGGUACAAGAAAUUUUAGUAGGCUUUAUUGUAUCUAGCCUUCAAGUGCCAUUUUUGUUCAGUGGAAUUCCAGCUUUGAAUGUUUUUUUUUAAAUACUGUAAGUUAGAUAGUCUUAAAGGGAGUUCAAGGAACACAAUUUGUUGAAGUGGUCUUCUGCUGGAGGGCCAAAGGAAUCCCCCUUCCCUGGGAGUGUAACGGCCCUAAUCACCCUGCAGGCACGAUAAGGUGCAAGUGAGCGGGGUCAGUUUGCCCUCAGAGGGCCACGCAGCGAUGUAAGUACAUCAUGGUUUCUCUGAGAUUUGCUGAGCCUUCCAAAGGGCAAAUUACCUGGUGUUACGUGCCUGAAGAGAAAUAUGUAUCCAGGGCCAAAAACAUUGCCUUGGGCCAUCAAAAACAAAACCCUGUGACUCUGAGUCACUGUGUGUGUGACACCCCUAAAGCAUUUCAGCUGAUCUUUCCUUUUUCUCCCCCCCCUUCUAUACAUGCUGAUAGAGAUGGGUUUGUGCAAACACUUGGACAAAGCUCUCCAAGUUAAAAAGGACGGUGAUACUGAACCAUGCAAACGCGCAGCCCCUUAAAUUCCUUGGUAAACUGCAUUGGAGCCUCUUCUGACUGCAGAUAUUUCUGUUCCUUUGUGAAGUCUGUUUAGCUCCACGUACGUGUGUUGAACGGCCUCUAUUUUUGUACAAGCACUGCUCAUCUGGAUAUGUUCCCAACUUGAUUGUUCACGCUGCAAACAUGUCCAUUGGGUGUAAAGAAAUUGCUAUUUUUCCUUUUUAAAUUGUCUGCUUGAUUCUACAAGAGAACAGACUACCUGCUUUUGUAGCCUAAAUAUGUAUGUAGCUAAGUAUGUUAUGCUUUUCAUUUCUUGCAAAUAAAUAUUUUCUGUAGAAAAAGCAA